CAGCCCUACGGCAGAUUGUGCAGGGACAGUAUGUUCAAAGUCUCCAGAGCUCUCAGCACCCUCCACAUGCUGGCUGCGUGAUUGGCUGAGAGCUGACCAUGAUGUCAUCGCUACAUGUUAUAAGGGCUCUGACAAAUAGCCCGGGAGACACAUUAGAAGAAACACUGCUCAACUGAGGGACUGAGUAAGUGAGACACAUGGAGGAAGAGAAGGAGAAAGUAGAAAAGACGUGAUACAGCACACUUCUGGAAACAUUUCUACCUUUCAUGGGAGGUGGGACGUCACACGCUUGGAGAUGGAAAAAAACAAUCCUGUCUGUUUACCUCAAUGUCAGCGAAGAGAUCAGCAACUCCUCAUCAGGCGCAGCUCAGAAUGAGGACAGCGAGGCUAAAAUGGUCCUGCUGGGCAUGCUUAUGUCCUUGCUUGUCUUGACCAUUGUGUUUGGCAAUGUCUUGGUCAUCACUGCCAUUGCCCGAUUCCAGCGUCUUCAAAAUGUCACCAACUGUUUCAUCACGUCCCUGGCCUCUGCUGACCUCGUCAUGGGUCUCAUUGUGGUUCCAUUUGGUGCCUGCUAUAUCAUCUUCGAGACAUGGCACUUUGGAAGCUUCUGGUGUGAGUUCUGGACUGCAACUGAUGUGCUCUGUGUCACUGCGAGCAUUGAGACAUUAUGUGUCAUAGCUAUAGAUCGCUACCUGGCUAUCACUUCUCCUUUCCGCUAUCAGUCAAUGCUAACCAAGUGCAAGGCUCGCAUUGUGGUUCUGCUGGUGUGGGUGAUCGCAGCCUUGAUCUCCUACCUACCCAUCCACAUGAAAUGGUGGACAUCAGAUGAUCCCGUGGCUAAUAGUUGCAUCGCAGACAGCAACUGCUGUGAUUUUAACACCAACACUGCUUAUGCCAUCACUUCCUCAAUCAUCUCCUUCUACAUCCCUUUGGUCAUCAUGGUAUUUGUCUACAGUCGUGUUUUCCAGGAGGCCAAACGCCAACUAAGGAAGAUCGACCAAAGUGUUGGCCGUUUUUACAACAUCGAUGAAGGAAACCUCCAGUCUGUGGAGACCAAUGCUGGGCGUGGCAUGAAGAAGACCAAGUUUUGCCUACGGGAGCACAAAGCUCUAAAGACACUGGGCAUCAUCAUGGGGAUUUUUACUCUGUGCUGGCUGCCCUUCUUUGUGCUCAACGUGGUGGUGGCCAUAUGGAAGGUGGACAAGAUAGACAUCCCCUUUCGGAUACUCAACUGGAUAGGUUACGCAAACUCUGCUUUCAACCCCCUCAUUUACUGUCGGAGUCCAGAGUUUAGAUAUGCCUUCAAGGAAAUCCUUUGCUUGAAGAGAAAUGGCCUCUCCAAUCUGGGGGCUGUGAACGGAUAUGUGUACAACAGGCACAGCUGGCACAGUGAGCAGCUUGGAAGGAGUAAGGGCUGCUCAGAGGACAGCGACUACCCCGAAGGGUGUCUGGGAAAGGAAGACCGACUAGCGGACAGAGCAGUAGACCCAAACGGCAACUGCAGCAAAGGACUCACAACUGUCCUUUAAAGCUUAGAGCUUCAGGUCAAUGGAGACAUGUUUACACUGAUAUGAACUUUCUUCAGUUGAAUAAUGAAGGUAAGGCCAGUCAAGCUAGAGACUCUGACUGGAGUGAUUGGAGUACUCAGCUGAGGAAAGGCUUUCAUUUCCUGAAACUCAAUGACUUUUUUUUCUCGUUCCAUUUAGUAAGUUCAUUUCAUAUCUACCUCAUCAAAGCACAGAUAGUUGUCUUUUCUAAACACAUUAUUUCUCUUUGACUCAUGGCCCAUUAGAAUGAAACCAGGACAGUAUCUCAGCAGUUUAUUGGCUUUAUUAAAUUGUUUGAGCAUAACGUUGGUUAAAAUGUGGCAAAAUGGGAAUCUGUGACAUUUCUGAAGAUUAUACAUAUAUAUAUAUAUAUAUAUAUAUAUAGGGACAAAGCAAAUUCCCUGCUAAAAACAGACAGAGAUUAAAUUACCUUGUGGUAGGCUCAAAUGAGAAGCACUGGAUGAAACAUUUUGCGCUUUGGUCGAUGGGAAAAUAAAACAAACAAGCAAAAAACAUUCCAAACCUAUCUUGAUUGUAAUUGGACUUCGUUUACAUUAUCACUUUUUGAUGGACUAUUUUAGCGUGAAGCAAAGUGUGGCAGAGCGCACAUCUCUCUGUCACUGCGUCGUGGUCGCAGACAUUCUGAAACGCUGCUCUCUGCUUAAAUGUUGUACAACCUGUUGCACAGCACUUUCUGCUGCCAGCAGAUAACAGGAAAUGUGAACCUUCAGAGUUCAUGAGGAACGCCUGUGACGCCUGUGUGUGUUAGAUUAUUAACACGUACGAGCGUGCAUAUGUUGCAGCAUGGCUCGCUGGUAAAUACAUUAUGUUUCUCUGCAACACACCAAGUGUUGUGGUUAAUGACCUUUAAAGGUUUCCAGCUGGUACGCAAAAGGCAUACCACAUGCACUUUACAAUUAUAAUGUGGAUGUUUUUCUGUCUUUACUGGUGUGUCAACAGAAAAUGUAAUUUCAAUGGCCUAAACAGUCCCAUUCCAAUCAGAAAGAAAGACAGAAAGCAUGAGAUUUUGCGCUCUUACUCAAUUAUUAAAAACAAAAAACAAACAAACAAUAUUAAUGUUGCUAUUCUCAUUUAAAAUAAAGCAAAAAAAAAAAAGCAUUUCCUUGUAAGGGUACACAGUGACACAAACAAACCUGCUAAUGAUCAUUAAAUAAUAAAAUGACUAAAAAUCCAAAUUAAAUUAAUUGCCUUGAAACUGUGUUGUAAAUUCAGACCAGCUAAAAGAAGUUGUACAUAUAUUAAAAUAGAUUAUGUUCACACAUUUUAUUUAUUCAUAUUUAUUUCAUGUUUUUUUCAUGUUUUCAACACAAUAAAUCUGUCUAAAAUAUUUGCACAGUACUGUAUGUAUAAAAUCUAAUGCACAUAUUUGAAAAGCAAACCAAUCAGCUCCAAGUCUGACACCAGGGUAUAUCAUAUAUCAUAAGAAACUACAUAAUAAUAAUAAUAAUAAUAAUAAUAAUAAUGUCAAUAGCAGUUACAUAAUGAUGAUCGUGAUGUUUUUGGGUAAUGUACUCUUCGGUACUCUGCUUUGCCUUUAAGGCUGUCACUGUGCGCUAUUGGUAUCAGCAUCAGUUGCGCAUUUUGUUAUCCUAUGACCUAUUUGCGUAUAGAGUUUACUGAAAACAGAGACGCCGUUUGCUCAUCUUGGCAUGAGCGCUCAAGCCAAACACGAUAAUAAAUAGCAGAUCAAAAUAACCACGUGAUAAUAAAGUUCCAGACUCUGAGGUGGCGACCGCUGUGCCCGAUUGAGAGCGAUGAGAAAAACAGGCAGCGUUGCUGCUGCUGUUGCUGCUGCUGCUGCUGAGCAGUGUACUUUCUUUGAAACACUUUUGACAUUUCCCAGAGUCCUCUUCAUGUAUAUGGAUGUGUGCUUCGUAACAGACUCAGCCUAACGUUUGGAUAAACGACGAGCGCCUCAGCCGUUCCAGCUGUUCCAGUCAGUUCCCCUCCAUAUCUCUUCCCUGCCUCCGCUGUCUCCUGUAGUCGCGUCAUGGUGCUCCGUUUCCAGGAAAUACCCGAAGGAAACUGAAGCCAGACCGAUAAACACAAAUAAAUCCACUGCCGCAGCCAUUUAGGUAGAGAAUCAAUCUUUAAGUGACGCUAUAAAACAACACCACAGUAUAUUCCACACUAUACCCAUAAACCAAUAUUCAAGUUACGAGAUGCGAGAGGUGAUAUAUUAUUUCUCCCCCUUAAGGCGGGAGGUGCGUCAGACUGCAGGGCCACUUCUUGACAUUAAUGGAAGAUUAGCAGAAUUCAUACCACUUUUCUCUAGAACAAUCACACUCUCCAGAAGAGGAAUGGAGGCGCUUGAAAAUGUGACCACUUUCCCCCGCAGUCCGGUUUGUGAUCUUGAGUGCGUUCUGAUCAAAGUGGCGCCGUGCUAAAUGGAGACGGUGGGGCAAAAGAGAGGUGGAGUUGGGGGGGUGUAGCAGCAAUUCUCAGCCAGUCUAAAUUUGCAUUUGUGACCUGAGCUUAAGUGCACACAGCAUCGCUGUUGCAGUCAAGUCAGCCAACAAGUCAGAAUUGUGACCUUUGUGCCGUCACAGGAACCUCUGCCAGGUUCCCUCUACAAGGUUUAAUUUGCACUGCUUUCAAACACACACGCACACACAUGUAUCAUCAGCAUAGGCAAACCCACUUUCCACUGCGUCAGGUGCUUUUCAAUUUGUUUUCUUUUUGAAGGAUUUCCAGCAAAGUUAGGUUGAAUAUCAAAAAUGCUCUUGAGGAUUUCAGCAUUAAUGUUACUGCACAGCAACACAGAAACACAUUCUAGGCAAUUCAAUGGUUUGUCGGGUGUGUGUGCUUUUCAUCCUCUUACUGGCACAAAAUGAAGCAAAUGCAGCUGGAUUAAAAAAACUCUAACAUAUCUCCAGGUUUGUGUUUCAAACGCACUAUUUAUCAAUGCACUUCACAGGUGAUCGUUUGCAUGCCUGUAUUCGUGGUGAUGUGUUUGUGGUCUUUGCUUCGGUGCCGUUUUGUCUCCGAGUGCUGUGCUUCAGUCCAAACUGGUUGUUAACGACGUGUCCGCACUGCUUCCUCCUGGCGGUGGCCUCUUCGUGCCCCUCAGCUGUCUGCAGGUUAUUAAUGGUUACGGUUUUGUCGAUAGGCCUGAAUGAAAUGCAUCGCUUCACCUUCUCAUGCAGGGAGCACACAACAACACAAUUACAUCCAAUGAUUAUUGAGUGAUUAGCUGACACGGCAACAUUCCGAGCACUGUGCGCCAUGCCUCCUGCUGUAUUCACUGUGCAGACAUCAAAAUCAGCUGGAGCCACGCUGCUUACUGUAAAAGAACGCUGUUUUUAAAUGUCAGUGUUGUGCAUUCUUUGUUACAGAAACCUGCCACAGCUGCAAUGAAAGUCUUAUUAGAAUUAAAUCAUCCUCGUUUCAAGAUGGUCAAAGCUCACGUAGGUAAAAGAGUGAUCUGAGCGGUUCCCUGUUGGUUAUUUGGCCUCACAACAACAGAAGCUCCACCAUUUCAAGGAGUUCACUGACUUAAAGCAGCACUGUAUAGCACUUUCAUGAAACUUUUUUUUUGUAGAUUUUAAAGCAUGAUAGAGUUCAUGAAUGGUAAAAUAAUGAUGGAUGACGAGCCAAAUGUACAGCCAGGUUAAUAAGAAUUUGGACAGUAAACCUUUUUUCUUCUUCACAGUUAAAAGCUUUAAUUCAAGGGGUUUAAAAAAAUCAAAACAAAAUUGGAUUAACCAUUUAGAAAUUAUGGCUGUUUUGGACGCAGUCCCCCCAUUUUCAGAGCCUAUACACAACUGCACAUAAUCACUUUUACAGCUAGUUUCUUCAGCCAAACCCUUGGACACAUGAACAUUUCCAAAUCACUGAAUAUGUAUUGGAUUUCAUCUACAUCAAUCAUUUCAAAAUACAGACACUAUGGUCCUGUACGGUAAAUCUGUCCGGAGUAGACGUGCAAAAAAAAAAAAAAAGACAAGUGAGGGAAGCCACCAAUACGCACAUGGCAACUACGUAGGAGUUAAAUGUGAUUUGAGAAUUUGUCUGCAAUGCAACAUUUGUCUGAUGCAUGACUAGUGACGCAACAUAUUGCUGAGAGUGGAAAGAGCAGGAUUUUCUUAAAAAGAAGAUAUGAAGCUUCAACUGAAGUUUACUAGAAAGCACAUGUAAGACUUAAGCCUAGAUUUGGUUUGUUUACAUGUAUGAAAAUGUUCUCUAUUCUCUGCUAUGAAGCUGUGACUGGUGGUGCAACAGGCGCAGACCUCUUUCAGAGUUGUCAUUGGUGUCUUGGUGGCUUCCCUCGCUGGUUUUCUUCUUACAUAGUCAAUCAGUUUUUUGAGAACUGCCCACUCUAGACAGAUUUGUCACACACUACCAUACUGUUAAUUAAAUGAUGUAAAUGAAGUCCAAGAUAUAUGUGAUGACUUGGAAAUGGUCAUGUAUCUAAAUGCUUAUCUGAAAAAAAAAAAUGUAGAAAUGAUUUUUGUUGUUUUCAAAUAAACCACAUAUUCAGUACUUUUGGCUUCUAAAAAUGGAGGCCACAUGUCUACAAAUGGCUAUAAUUCCUAAGGGCCCGGUCACACGGCACACGGUGAUAGCUGAACAAAGGAUAAAAUGUCACAAAUUGUACAGAAAAGGACAAAUGAUUCUACACCUUUCCCAUCACCGAAAAGCCUGCAAAUCAAGAGGGCAAAAAGGAACAAAACAAAACCGAAACUAAUGAAGGAGAAACGAAGCAAACGUCGACCUUAAUUCCUUAAAGGAAAUCAAAAUGAAACAUUCACAAUGAUGUGACCGACAGUGGCUAUGAGACCGAGCGCAGCCAGCCUCAUCCUCAUGUCUGCAGUACUUCCAGCGGCAGGAUUUGGUUGUUUUGACAACAGGUGAGAGUUGUUGUUUGUCUUCACAACAACGUGUGUGCACAUGCAGGCCAGUCACAAAUGGCUGGAACGUACAUGAAUAGUUAAAGUAGUUGAUAAAACGUUCUUGCCGCUAUUGUUUCUGUAUGACAACGUUGCUUUUUGUCCCACACAUGGACGAGUCAUCAGCAAUACAAGGAUGUUACGUUCAGCUCGUCGGAGCUUUAGUUAUUGAUGCGUUCGGAUAUUGUCAAUGUUCGUCCAAGAUGUUGAACUUGGGAGGUUGAAUGAAGUUGGACGGCAGUCAAACAGAACGCUGACGUUACGGGAACUAUGCAAACGAUAAGGAACCGUCAAGACAGAAAGCAAAACGAAAUACGGACAAAUUGAUGUUGUCGUCAGGAUUCAUUCACACUUUUCAAAAUUCUGACAAAACGCAGCUGCAGGAUCGAAGCUGGAUGAUGAUUAAAUGAGGUUUCUUGUUUCGUUUCAGCUUCGUUGUCAUUUGUUAGUAGCGUGUGACCGGGGCUUAAAGGGUUAACACAGUAUUUUUGUUAAUCUCUUUGAAUGUUUCAUUUCAACUCCACUGUGAUGGUGUACAAAGGCAAAAUUAUUUUUCUCCAAUUAUUACAAUUAUUUUCCAAUAAUUUUCCAAUUAUUUCAUUUAUUCCUGAAUGGAAACAGUCAAAGGGAUUGACAAAAAUUCUGUGUUAACCCUUUAGGAAUUAUAAUUAAGAGUUAAGAUUCUCUUAACUUAGAAUUCCUAAAGGGUUAACAUAGUAUUUUUAGUUAAUCCCUUUGACUGUUUCCAUUCAACUCCAUUGUGAUGGUGUACAAAGACAAAAUUACAAAAAGUGUGUCGCUGUCCAAACACUUAUCACAAUGGCUGAUGGCAGUGAUGUUCACAUUGUGGUAUAAAAAAGUCACAACUUGGUGUCACCACAGCGCGCUGAAGGUGAUCUAAGUGAAGAACGGAUGUACGUAAAUGUGAAUUUUCCAUGAAAUUUAAAUAUUGCUUCAAACAUCACAUGAAAAAUAAACCGAUCCAAUGUGAACUUGAUGGACAGAGUGGAAAUGUAAAUUUCUCAGCAGAAUGUUUACUAAAUGUUUCAUUAGCAAAGUAAUUUUCGCACAAGUACUUGGUCACUGUUGAAUGAAACCUCUUACGAUAUGUGGUGUCCUGUGCUAUAUAUGAAAUGCAAAUCUAUGUGCUAUAACCUUUGUAUAAAGUAAUAAAUUAUGUAUUUGUUGCAUGUGAUAUCAUCAAA